AUGUCUCACACAGACGGCGAGAUUCAGCGCCUAUUCCAAGCGUGCGAGCCUGCGACUUUCGGGCGCAACCAGCAAGACGUCUUCGACGAGUCCUAUCGCAAGGCGGGCAAGCUCGACAGGAGGAGCUUUGCGUCAACAUUCGACCCCGAUCGCUCGGGCCUGAUGCGAUCCAUCAGCGAUGUCCUUCUUCAAGGGUAUGGCCCGAGGAAAAUGUUGCGGACGGAGCUCCACAAUUUGAACGUCUACGGCAAGUCCGCGCAGCGCUGCCCUGGAUCGUUCUUCAAGGCCCACAAGGACACACCGCGGGCCAAGAAUAUGAUAGGUUCUCUCGUGGUCGUACUCCCCACGCCGCACGAGGGCGGUACCCUCGUUUUGCGCCACCACGGUCAAGAACUCAGGUUUGAUUCAUCCAAGGUACUCUCGCAAGCUUCUUCUACUUCUAUCGCCUUCUCUGCUUUCUACGGCGAUGUCAAGCAUGAGGUGGAGCCGGUGCAGUCGGGGUAUCGGGUCACCCUUACCUAUAAUCUCUAUAUCGUCAACUCAGAAGAUAAAGGCCCUCCCGGGAGCACAUCAUUUGAGGAGGCCCUGAAGGAAGCCUUUAACGCACUCCUAAACGACACUAGCUACCUGUCUGGCGGCGGCUACAUCGGGUUCGGUCUACGACACGAGUAUGCGGUGUACGAUGACCCGACCGAGUCACAGCACUCGCUGUGCGCUUUCUCCGACCUGCUCAGUGGGGCACUCAAGGGCAAGGACGCGGUGCUGGCCAAAGUGUGCCGGGACCUCGGCCUCAAGGCGACGCUGCAGAUGGUCUACCACGGCGACGCCACGGGCAAGACCGUGAUGUGCCCGGGGGUCGCCAAUUUCGGCACGGCAGGCUUCUGCGAAGAGACCCCGUCGGACCACUUGUGUGAGUUCUAUCACGGGAAGGUUAUCGGUGUUGAACAGGAGUGCUAUGACGAUGGCGACGACAUACCGAAGAGGGAUCUUGUCGUGAGGUGGGCGACGGAGCUGCGGCCUGAGGACGUGUCGAAGCGCGGCGCACCUUAUGCCGCGUACGGCAAUUCGCCGACCCUCGAAUACAUGUACAGCGCGAUGUGUCUCGUUGUCGAGGUUGGGCCGGCGAGGGCGAGGGCGGCUUUGGGCUGAUAUAGCGGCAGUCAGAACAGUAAAGAUACCGAAGGUGACGCUGCCACUAUGUGGAUUAUGCAUUAGUCUUGCUCAAAUGUAAGUAUUUGAC